AAGCCAAGCAUGGCUCCUUCAUCCUUGUCAGUGUUUGUCCUAUCUCUGAGCUUCACUUAUUGCCUUUCAGCCCCUGUUUCACAGGAUGAAGACUCUGAACUGACACCAGGAGACCUACAGUUGGCUGAGCAUUACCUAAACAGGCUUUACAGUUCGUCAUCUAACCCCGCGGGCAUGCUGAGGAUGAAAGAUGUGAAUAGCGUAGAGACCAAGCUGAAGGAGAUGCAGUCCUUCUUUGGUUUGGAGGUGACUGGGAAACUCAAUGAAGAUACUCUGGACAUCAUGAAACAGCCAAGAUGUGGUGUCCCUGAUGUUGGGCAAUACAACUUCUUUCCAAGAAAACUAAAAUGGCCAAGAAAUAACCUGACAUACAGGAUUGUGAACUACACCCCAGAUUUAUCCACCAGUGAUGUGGAUAGGGCCAUCAAAAAAGCACUGAAGGUGUGGAGUGAUGUCACGCCACUGAACUUCACCAGGCUCCGCACAGGCACUGCUGACAUCAUGGUCGCUUUUGGCAAGAAAGAGCAUGGAGACUAUUAUCCAUUUGAUGGACCCGAUGGCUUACUAGCUCAUGCCUUUCCACCUGGGGAAAAGAUCGGAGGUGACACUCACUUUGACGAUGAUGAAAUGUUCUCAACGGACAAUAAAGGAUACAACCUCUUUGUUGUUGCUGCUCAUGAGUUUGGCCAUGCAUUGGGAUUGGAUCAUUCCAGGGAUCCAGGAUCUCUGAUGUUCCCAGUUUACACCUACACAGAAACAAGUCGCUUUGUACUUCCCGAUGAUGAUGUGCAAGGAAUUCAGGCUCUGUAUGGCUCUGGUAAUAGAGAUCCACAUCCAAAACACCCUAAAACUCCAGAAAAAUGUGAUCCUGAUUUAACCAUUGAUGCGAUCACAGAACUAAGAGGAGAAAAGAUGAUCUUUAAAGACAGGUUCUUCUGGCGGGUUCACCCUCAGAUGACAGAUGCAGAACUUGUUCUGAUCAAGUCCUUUUGGCCUGAACUUCCCAAUAAGAUUGAUGCUGCCUAUGAGCACCCAGCCAAGGAUUUGAUCUACAUAUUUAGAGGUAAAAAGUUUUGGGCGCUUAAUGGAUAUGAUUUUGUGGAAGAUUAUCCUAAAAAACUCCAUGAGCUUGGCUUUCCAAAAACUCUAAAGGCUAUUGAUGCAGCUGUGUAUAAUAAAGCCAUUGGGAAAACUCUCUUCUUCGCUGAGGACAGUUAUUGGAGUUUUGAUGAAGAAGCCAGAACCAUGGAUAAGGGCUUCCCGAGACUGAUUUCAGAGGACUUCCCGGGAAUCGGAGAAAAAGUAGAUGCUGCUUAUCAGAGAAAUGGUUAUAUCUAUUUCUUCAACGGAGCUCUGCAAUUUGAAUACAGCAUCUGGAGCAAGAGAAUAACACGCAUCCUGAAAACCAAUUUUGUCCUGAUGUGCUGAUCUUGAAACGAAUAAUUUAUAUAUAUAUAUGUAUCUAUCAGGCUGUUGAACGGCCUCAUUUUAUGCAGUUGACUACCACAAUGGUCUUCAACAAAGUUAUGGUUUGGAUUAUAAGGGUUGAUAUAGCGCAGGUUAGCUACAGAGUACAGUUACAUAUUCCUUUCUUCUACACUUUUCCAGAUUUCAUAUGGAUGUUCUUAUUUAUAUAUGACACUACACGUACAUACUGGUAUUUAUAACUACAAUGCAAUUACUGGGUAUCAUCAUAGAAGCUCACCUGUAUUACAUUUUGAAAGCCAAUAUCAGUGACCAUGCUUGAUUAUGUUUCAGCGGAUGGGUUAGCGGAAGAGAGUCAAGGGACAUCAUACAGUAGAAGGAACUACUUGCGACUUGCCAUUGAAACAUUUACCCACUCGGUAUUAUCCCUAAAGGGUGGUGUUAUCUUUUUUAGGAAUUGUAUUCCAUUUCAAACUCUAUUCCAUUGUCCACUCAUAGAAAGUACUUCUUCCUUUGUUGUCUAUGGUUUGAUGGGAUGUUGCUCAAGGACAACCACUGGAGCUGAAUUAGAUGGAACAUCCCAUUAUACCUCAGUCCACAAUGGAAAGAAAAGCUAAACCGAUCUGAAGCAAUCAAGAGUUGGUGUGGCCUAAGCCACUCAUCUAGUAGAAACUGUGGUGAGAUAUUUCUACAUAUAAACAUGUGGCAUAAUAUAAUUCCAGGAUUCAGGCAUAUUGCUGUGUACAGUCUAGAUUGCCUUGUCUUCUGAAUGGCAACUCCCCAAGGUCCUCCAAGUUAUUGUUCUUGAAUGGUAAUCUUAUAGGACGGGGGUCCCCAACCUUUUUACCCGUGAGUCACAUUCAAAUGUUAAAAACAGUUGGGGAGCAACACAAACAUGAAGAAAGUUCCUGUGGGUGUCAAAUAAGGUCUGCAAUUGGCCAUUUGGUAGACUCUAUGUGGACUGGCAGCCUACAGGAGGCUCUGCUGAGUAGUACACCUGGUGUUUAUGCAAUUAAAUCUUGCCUCCAAGCCAGGAAUUCAAAGCACCUGCUUUGAGGCCACAUCCAAAGAGUUGGUGAGCAACAUGUUGCUUGCGAGACACUGGUUGGGGAUCACCGUUAUAGAGAAUCUACGCACAGGCCUUCCACUUCUUCAUUCCACAUAUAUUAUACAGAUAGAGGCACUGUGUGUUCAUGUCCACCUUUCUGGAGUUCUUUUCUUUUGGGUGAAUAUAUAAGACUAUAUUUUUGUAAGUAUUUUCGAUAUUUUUUACAUGUGAGAGAGCAGUGUAUUUCUAGCAAUAGAAAGACUUAUCACCCAUGAAAUAAGAAUGUUCAAUACUUUCCAUGAUAUUCAGCCAAACAUUAAGGAGAACCAGAUUAUGUGCAGUCUGUAAUGGCCGUAUCCCUUUGUAUUGUGCCCAUAUGUUUCUGUGUGCCCUGGGAGCUGGGUUCUUUUUUUAAAUCGAAUGCCUUCUUUCUACAUGAUAUAUUUAUUAAAAGGAAUAACUAAUAAAUAA